AUGCCCAGUGUAUUUGAAGGAAUCACAAAAACUGUGGUCCAAGAGCUGGACUCUGGAGGGGAUAUGAUUGCUGUCAGAAGUGUCAUUGAUGCUGACAGAUUCAACUGCUUCUAUCUGGUGAGGGAAAAGAAAACUUUACUGGGACUCCAGUUCCACAAGACAGGCCUCACCCUGAAGGACAUCCUGGAGACAGAGGAGGGUGAAAAGCUGACUGAUGAGCUGGAUUCUGGGUCCUCAGGUCAAAGGACUGAAUUCCGAAUUUCGGACUGUGUGGACUCAAAGGCAGAGAUUAAGGUGAAAUUACCCAAAGCAAUAACAGUCACAGGGAUGGCUGGCAGGUCCCAGGAAACCCACGGGCAUGAAAUGAAGUUAUUGGUGAACCAGAUAUCCCAGCAACAGCUGGAGGCCCUUGGGAACAGGAAGCUGAAGAAGAAACUACCCCCAACCAUCAAGUCAAUUGGUGACAGGAAAGAAAACCUGUAUCUGGUAACAGAAGCUCUGGUGACGGCACAGGAGGCCACCCUAAAGAAUGAGCAGCAGUUUACAUUUUUGAGCCUGAUAGAUUGGAGCAAACUCAGCUUUAAGCACAAGCAUCAAACAUCGGUGACCAUCCCCUCCCAGUGUGUCUUGGGAUAUCGAAUCAGUCAGCUCGUCCUCAACACAAAGACCUCAACACUGGAGAUUUGUUUCCAUGACAAAAAAAAAUCCUUUCCAGAAGGUGAAGCUCUGAGUUUGGAAGAUCUCAGAAACAUGAAGGAAAAGGUGCAGGACUUGAUGGAUGGCCUCCAGGAUCUGACUAAGGAGGAGCGAACAGACAUGCGAAACUGCCUCACUAACUUCCUCAGCAAUGACCACCUGGAGGAUCUGGAGGAAAGAUUAAGGGUGUCCGAGGUUGUGAUCUCCGGUGAACUGCAGACGGAGGACCCAGCAAGUCCUCUCAUAGCCAGCCUUUUUAACGAUGCUGGGAUCUUGGUAGAGGCACGUGCAGAAGCUAUUCAGGAACUCCUGGAUGCCUUGAUGGAGCUGCCCGAAGAAUAUCAGCAGCUGGUGCUUGAGGGUCUGGAGAAGGGCAUACUGUCCUUGCUGGGACAGGUGGAGAGUGCCCUGGAGAACUGUAGCGAGCAGUACAGCAAUCCCCAUGACAUGGGCUGUGACUCUGAGACACAAUCCCUCUGUGCCCUCUAUGUUGCUCUCUCCAUCCUGCUACAGCUGGCUGAGAAGCCUACCUCCUAA